CAAUAAUAUGCAUUAAACAAUUAUAUACAAUUUUCGAUAUAAGAUUUUUAAUAUUAUUUCGAUGAUAUUUAUGAGUACAGAUUAAAUCACGUUAAGUUAGGGUUAGAAUUUUUUUAUAAGACGGCAUUUAACAUGCCUUCAACCGAGUACCGAGUAGUUAUAUUUUUUGGUUAGAAUUGGGGUUAGGUUAGCUCUCCGCAUUAUAUUCAUACGUCGGCACACGUCGGUAUGCGUGAUUCUGACAUAUCAUUUUAUUUAUUUGAGUUUUCUAGUUUAUAAAAUGAUAGAACGCUAUCGACAAUUGAUUAACCUAAUAAACAAACAAAUGAAAAAAUAUGCGGUGUUUCAUCACGCAAAAGAAAUUGCAGAAAAUGCCACAGAGAAAACGCAGAACAAGUUAUCCAAUGCACAAAACCUCGCGGCUGAGAAAUAUAAUAUUAUUGCAAAAAAACUUAGUGACCAGGCUAUCAUUAUACAAGAUUUAAAUGCCAAGGCAUUGAAGCCAAGCCAGGAAGAAUUGUCAGGAAAAAUUGUUAAAUGGUGGCAAUGGUACAAUCAAUUGACAGGAUUGAAUGACGUCGAAGCAGCGAAGAAACAAGUAAUUAUCCUUCAAGAUAAAUUGUUUCUAUGUCAGGGCAAUAGAAGAAUCUUGAACAAAGAAUUGACAGACAUUACUCAUAAAUUGCAAGAAUUAUAUGCUGAAUUAGUUCAAACAAAGCGAGAUGAUCCUAAAUUUGUACAUUUAACGAUAACGGAAAAUAAAUGUUUGCAAGAACAAAAUAAAAUUCUUAAUCAACUCUCUUUAUCAGAAAAAGAAGAGAGGGAUAAUUUCACACAGUUAGCUACUGCUAUCAAAGAAUAUCACGACAGUCAAAAUUUAAAUGCACAGAAAUAUAAAUAUUUAUCUAUCCUCACAUCUGCCAUAAUAGCAAUUGUAUCGUUAGUUGGUUCAAUUAUACUUAAUAACAAGAGGAUACUAGAUAUAAGAAAUACUAUACAGACAGUGCAAGAAAAAAAUGAAUCGUUACAUCAAACAAACACAAAUGAAUUGUCUGAUCUUAAGAAAAUAUUGCUAUCAUUUGAUACCAAGUUCUCCAAACAACACACAAAUACCAACGAAAAGGAGAACAACAAUAAUUCGUCUAAUAUUCUCGUGGCCUCUACCAAAUAUUCAGCACAUUUGUUAAUUUCAGGAGCAAGUUAUAUUAAGAAAGGUAUCUAUGCAUGCGGGUCAUUUAUCUUUUACAAAUAAUAAAUAUUUACCAAAAAUAUACAACUACUCAACAAUGCAACUAAAUUUAUAUGAAUCUUAUUUUCUUCCUAAUGUAUAAUGAUGUAUACUUUUUAUGAAAUGUUUAUAAAGGGGAGAGAGAUAUAUGUACAGUAUAUAUCAUAAAACUUGAAAAUAAGAAAUAUAGAACAAAAAUAUUAAUAUUUAAUAUAUGUUAAAAUAUGAAGUUUUUUUCUAUAAGAUAAGAAAAGAAAGUUAUAUUCUACAUUUGCUAGACAAAAUGCUUCAUAUUUUGCGUAAUCCACAUUGUUGGAUAUGUUUUAUGAUCAUUGAUUUAUGAUUAUUAAUUUCCUUCAAAAUAUUGUAACACACAAUACUAUAAUUAUAAUUGUAAAUUGCAGAUGUAAUCUGUUAAGUAAACAUAAUAUAAAAAUCAA